CUUUUACUGUGCGAUAUUGGGCCUGUGAGUGCGUAUAAUUAUAAUUAUAAGAAAGGAGAAGCCGCUUUCCCUCGAGACAACGGAGUCCGAUCGAUCGGAGGAUGUAUCCAAGCGCCGGGAUCAACGCGGCAGCUGCCCGUCAUCCGGGACCACCUCAGCCAGGACAACCUUUCAAAUUCACAGUUGUAGAAUCAUGUGACAGGAUAAAAGAAGAAUUCAGCUUUCUCCAAGCACAAUAUCACAACAUUAAAAUGGAGUUGGAGAAAUUGGCUCAGGAGAAGACAGAAAUGCAGCGGCACUACGUCAUGUAUUACGAGAUGUCCUACGGACUCAACGUUGAAAUGCACAAGCAGACGGAGAUUGCGAAGAGACUGAACGCCAUAAUUGUCCAGAUUCUUCCGUUCCUCUCGCAGGAGCAUCAACAGCAAGUAGCGACGGCUUUGGAAAGGGCUAAAACAGUAACCAUGACGGAGCUCAACACAAUCGUGGGGCAACAGAGGCCCGACAUUCCCAGACUUCUUCAGCAAAUGCAAGCCCAGCAAUUACCUCCCAGCGCAGCGAUGGGACCUCACCCGGGAUUGCCGGGGCUUCCCGGUCUCGGCCCGGGUCCGGGAAUCCCCGUGCCAACCUCUGCCUCAGCCGCUCUACUCCAGGGUUUGGGUCUGCCUCCGGUGGCUGGAGCGGCCCCUGGGGGAAGCGGCGGUCAUCCUCUCUCCAUCCUUGGGAAGUCCGAUCAUCAUCGAGGACAGCCAGACGACCUGAAGAGCAAUGGUGGAAUGAGUUCCGCCGAGGAGAGACACAGAAGCUCCAUAUCGCCCGGGGACAAGUACAGUCGCCCCAGGAGUCCGCCUGACCAGCAUCAUUCCCAUCACUCUCAGAACCACCACGAACACCAGAUGCACGUUAAGAAGAUGAAGAAGGAACAAGAAAAAGAAAUGGCCCACCAGAGUGACGGCGAAAAGAGCGACCAAGACCUGGUGGUCGACGAUGCUAGCGAGGGUCCGGUCAGCCCGGCCGUAAACGGCACGUCUUCGCCGCGAGAAAAUGGACUCGACAAAAUCGGAUCGUCCUCGGUCCCGAUGGGCGGCCAGGUAAAAAAAGAGGCUCCACCACACUCGCCGAGGAGCGGUACAAGCAGCAACGCCAGCACCCCGUCGGCCAAGAAGAUGGACGAUAGAGAGAAGACAACGACACCGAUAUCGAAACCUAUGACCCCAACCUCCGGCGCUGGCGGUGGAUCCAAACCCUCUGGAUCCGGGAAAAUGAUGCAGGGACCGCCGUCCGGAGUUCCCGGCGCUUAUCCCCCGCACUAUCCUCCGGGACCGCCGCCUCAUCACCUUCCCCCAACCGCUCAGCAUCCCCACGUCGACAUGCUGGGGUACAACGGGUAUGCGGCGCCCAGACCGCCGCCGCAGCAGCUCUACGAUCCUCACGGUGGAAUGCGAGCGCCGAUGGGAUCGUUGGGAGUACCUGGUGGCAAGCCGGCGUACAGUUUCCACGUUUCCAGUGAGGGUCAGAUGCAGCCGGUCCCUUUUCCUCCGGACGCCUUGAUCGGUCCCGGCAUACCUAGGCACGCGCGUCAGAUAAACACUCUGACGCAUGGCGAGGUCGUAUGUGCCGUGACGAUAUCCAAUCCCACCAAGUACGUCUACACCGGAGGCAAAGGGUGCGUCAAGGUCUGGGACAUCGGUCAGGGUGGCAGCGGGAACGUGAAGCCUGUCUCGCAGCUCGACUGUCUUCAGAGGGACAACUACAUCAGAUCGGUCAAGCUCCUACCGGAUGGUCGGACUUUGAUAGUCGGCGGGGAGGCGAGUCAGUUGAGCAUAUGGGACCUGGCGAGUCCUACACCCCGCAUCAAGGCCGAGCUCACCUCGUCAGCACCGGCCUGUUACGCCUUGGCUAUUUCCCCGGACUCUAAGGUCUGCUUCAGCUGCUGCAGCGACGGAAACAUCGCGGUUUGGGACCUCCAGAACCAGACGCUUGUCCGACAGUUCCAGGGACACACGGACGGUGCUUCGUGCAUUGACAUAUCCGCCGAUGGUUCAAAACUUUGGACCGGUGGUCUAGACAACACCGUGAGGUCCUGGGACCUCCGCGAAGGCAGGCAACUCCAGCAGCACGAUUUCACGUCCCAGAUAUUCUCCUUGGGAUACUGUCCGACCGGAGAGUGGCUCGCCGUUGGUAUGGAGAAUUCGAACGUCGAAGUCCUCCACGCGACGAAACCCGACAAGUAUCAGUUGCACCUUCACGAAUCAUGCGUACUGUCUCUCAGAUUUGCCUCAUGCGGGAAGUGGUUCGUCUCCACUGGAAAAGACAACCUUCUGAAUGCCUGGCGUACGCCCUACGGAGCCUCUAUCUUUCAGUCUAAGGAAUCCUCGUCGGUGUUAAGCUGUGAUAUUUCCGCCGACGAUAAGUACAUCGUUACAGGAUCCGGUGACAAGAAAGCGACGGUCUACGAAGUGAUGUACUAAAAAGCCAAGUAUUCUCCUGCAGUACGCAUACUUG